AUGCCUGUUGUUCCGGAAAGCAGCGCUUCAUUCAGGGAUCCCAGCUUCUGGAAGCAGUUCUACAAGAACGCCAGCGACUCCUUCGAGUGGUAUGGGGAUUUCAACACUUUUGGAUCGAUCCUUAUCAAGUAUUUGAAAAGCACUGAUAAAAUCUUGCAAAUUGGAUGCGGCAACUCGGAACUGGCCGCACAGCUUUAUGAUAAUGGAUACCGAGCAGUUUCGAGCAUUGAUAUUGAUCAAGGUGUUAUUGAUAAGCAGAUAGCCAGGAACAAAACUUUAAGGCCGGAAUUACAGUUUUCGUGCUGCUCCGCACUCGACUUACGUUCGCCAGAAGACAGUUAUAAUGUUGUUCUGGACAAGGGAACGCUCGAUGCUUUAUUGCCUUCUGAAAAAGAGGGUGCGGCGGAGGAAGUGCAGAAAAUGUUCGCCGAAGUAUGUCGCGUGCUCACUUUUGGUGGUCGGUACAUUGUUGUGAGCCUGGCACAGGAACACGUACUCCGUGUGUUUCUCUCGUACUUUUUGAAAAACGUGAAUUUCAUGAUUCGAAUAGAAAAAAUAAGCGAUGUUAGUUGGAGCUUCGCUGUGCCAGCAUUUCUGCUUAUUGCCACCAAACUUCGCUUGCCUAUCCCAUUUCCGUACAUGGAAUUGCUAUUUUGGCCAGGUAGUGCUGCAGUCAAAUUAAUGGAUAAAGAGGAUGUGAUAAGCGCUGUGGUUGCCGAGCAAGAGUUCUCCAGAUUUUGUCAUCUUUGUUCGAAGAAAUUGAGCGAAGAGGCCACUAUAACAUUGUCCGGUAAAGAUGGCCGACCGCGUUAUCGCAUAACGGUGAUAGACGAUGCUGAAAUUCAUCAGCUCGUUUCUUUUGCUGUCUUCAUCGUUCCAAUUGGCAGAGAUAACGACUGGAUUUUUUCCACUCGUGCAGGACAUAUUGCACUGCGGAAACAGUGUGACAAGAGUCGGCUGGCCCUGGUCUCUCUGUUUCGUGAUCAGACAUAUGAAAAUAUGAUGCAGGUCCAGGACGAGCUGCGUCCCUACGUUAAGAAGCUUACCCCGGCAAAUUUAAAAAAAUCACAGGAGCCGUCAGUCGAGUAUCUUUCUCUUGGUGAAGUUGACGCCAGGAAGACUCGUGCAUGUGGCCGUUCAACUGUCAAUGGACAUUGGGUUGUAGAAGAUGUCCGCAGUGGGGAUUCACUGUACCGAAGGCUCAUCUUUUUAUCUUCGCCGGGUGUUAUACAGUCGGAAGCGAGGAUAAUCAGUACGUUCGAGCAUACUUUUAAACGAAAAGGAAAUAGAGCGAAUUGA